UGCGCGCGGACGGGUCUCUUUUUCGGUGAGUGAAAUUCGAAAUUCGGGAUUUAUGUGAUCGAGUAAAACGUUCGUUGUAAUCGCGAAUUAAACCGGCCGAGUAUGCGAUUACGCGAGUUAUGAAUUUAGAGCACCGGCUGAGCUCUUAUCAAAGAUAUGACGAUAUUCUUUUCUGGACGGACUAUGUUUUGGCGCAAACUGUCGCCGCGUGAAGUUGCCGAGACCUGCGAGGUUUCAAUUUAAUAUAUCUCGAUCGAAGAAAGAACGUUCACACUGAACACGGAAAAUUGAGCCGAAAUUUUUGGAAGAUUUGUUCGCAUUUGGUGCACACGGUUGCGAUUCCCAAUAAAAUGCGAAUUAGCAUGCGACAGAGGAUGACCGCGGGAGUGCGCGUAUAUAAUACGGCGGAGAGAGGAAAGGGAGCAGAGGGUGCCGGCCGGUGUCGGAGGGGUCGUGAAAGCGCGCCAGUCGACGCCAGUCGACGGCGAGACUUCGCCCGCGCAGUUUCUACCUCUCUCGUUUAUUCAUCUGUCUGUCUGUUGCUCAUCCUUGUGAAAUUUCCGUUGCAAUCGACGCGUAGAAUUGAUUUUCGCUUUUCGCACGAACGUUUCCGCGAAAUAUUCGCAAAGGAGUGGAAGAGAUCACGUGAAAGACGCGGGACCAUCGUCUCGAAUUUAUCGAGAGUGACAUCUACGGACGCGGAUCUUCGCUUCGAGAGACGGGAUCAUUUGAUGUAGAGUCGAGGAGCUAUGACGAGGACGACGCGCCGAUUUUUAUUGCUGUUGUUGCAGAUGCUGAUAGGGGUUUGUCAUGGGAUCCAGCAUUUUGAAGAAACGCCCCAGUACACCGAGGUCAAUCCUGGCCAAGAUGCGAAGCUGAUAUGUCGAGUCCUCGGAAUGAGAGGGCAGUGCAUUUGGCAGAAAGAUCAAAAGCCAAUAGGUAUACACCUGAAAAAAUACGAAUGGGCGGGUGGGCCAGAUAAAGGUGACUGCUCAUUGUGGGUGAGAUCAGCCACCUUAGAGUUCGAUGACGGACUCUGGCAAUGUCAAGUAACCGCAAGUGAUUUCACGACGCAGGACGCGUUAGCAUCUAAACCAGCGAGGCUGGUCGUCAGAGUCAGCCCUCAGCGACCGCAGAUAGAGUACACCGACCGUCUAAUUCUCCCCGGCAGCAACGUGACAGCCCGAGCAGGUGAGAUCGCUACGCUCACAUGCAGAGCGCGGUAUGGGAAUCCUUCGCCUCUAAUUAAAUGGUACGUGGGCGACAUCGAGCUGAGGACGUUGCGGCCUCAGGUAAACUCGACCGAGAUAGAUAAUCCGCGCACUUGGGCGACCUACAGUGUUUGCGAGAUUCUGGCCGAGCGAUCACGUUACGGCCAGCCGAUCAGAUGCGUUGCCAUCCAUCCGGCAUAUGCCAAUCCUACCAUGUCGUCCAGCACCGAAGUGAGAUUCGACGUGCGAUACGCGCCGGAGACGAGAUUAGUCGGCGUCCCAACCGGCCAGCUCGAGGAAGGCCGCGAUCAACUGGAAAUCCGAUGUCUCGCCGACGCUAAUCCGCCGGCUUCGAUACUUUGGAGGAAAACGAAAAGUCCUGGUGUGACCGAAGUAGCCAGUAUUGGGGAGACCCUGAUGUUCUCCCCGAUUUACAGAAAUCACGCCGCCGUUUACCUCUGCGAGGCGUCGAACACCGAAGGGGAGAGCAGCCCAGUCUCGGUUCAAGUGUCUGUAAACUAUCCGCCGAUGAUCAGCGCAGUCGGGCCAGAUCGACUGACAACUGCAUUGUUGUACUCUGGUGCGUCAUUCGAAUGUCACGCAGAUGCGAUGCCGCCGGCUGAGUACAAAUGGGCGCAGAUAUUCACGGACGGCCGCAUGCCGUUGGAAUGCGGAACGGGGCAACGAUUGAUCCUGACGAACGUGACGUACGAGCAACAGGGUCAAUAUAUAUGUCUCGCCUCCAACAAGAUCAAUGGCAACAUCAGGGAAGUUAAAAGCGACCCUGUGUCUCUGCAAGUGGUCGGCGCUCCAAGGGUGGUGAAGCCAGCCAUCACAGAGAAGUUCGUCGUCGUAACGACCGAGGGUAGCCCGGCCAGAUUAGAGAUCAGACUGUGCUCGGACCCGAAGCCGCGACUCGUGGCCUGGGAAUGGGGCAGCACCAGACUACACGCCGGUGAAGUUCUGGAACCGCGUUAUCGCGCGCUCGAUCUGGAGCCGCUAGCUUCCGAGGAUUGUUAUAUAGCGAUCUUAGAGUUGACAAGUACGGUAAAAGAGGAUCAAAGGCUGUAUCAUGUUAUCGUGGAGAACGAUCGUGGCAGUGACAGACGAGCGCUCAUGCUGAAAGUCGAUGAGCCCGGUCAGAUCCCGCUCGUUAUCGGCGCGGUAGCUGGGUUCACAGUGCUCUCGGUGCUGAUAAUGGGAUUCGUUUGUUUCCUACGUUCGGAUAGAUGCUGCGUAGCCAGAAACACAGUACCGGCAUUGCAGCAAGUGCAUUGUACAAAGGCUUCCAACGCUAUGAUAGAGGAUCCACGUUUGGCAGUAGAUACGAUGGAACGUACGAGUCAGCAAUUCGUUCCAGAGAAGCGAGCCAAUCACGUUCUCAAACCCGUCCCAUCGCAGCAAUACCAGCAGGAGUGCUAUCAGCACGACCAACAUCAACAGCAACAUUAUCAGAGGCAUCAUCAUCAUGGACAGCCUCACGGACAAUACACAUUGCAGGAAAAAUUCUUUCUACAGAACGAGGAACGGGACACGCUAAAUCGGAUUAAAAAAGGCAAGGAACGAGGAGCGCAAACUUUCCACCUUUUCUCCCGGAAAGAUCUCGAAGGUUUUAUAUAUAAAUAAAAAGAUUGUAUUUGUUCUUUUUCUCUCCCGAUAUACACGACCAACGUGGAUAUGUAAAAAUAUAAACACAAGUUAUACGCUUUAAUGUACCAAACGCACUCUAUUAGGUCGUCCAAAAAUUUGUUAGUACUUUUCGCUGAUGAAAUGACGUGCGUCAUUCUCGCUCGCGAUUUUACGCGCGUAAAAAUUUAUUACGAUCGUUAUGUAACGUAACUAUGCGACUAUAUUGGGACAUUAUCCAUUAGAGAAGUUUUUAGACGAUCCAAUGUUAAAUUAUGAUACUUAUGCAGAGACACGCGCUGCUCGCACAAGUAUCAUGUUCUCCGAUCGCGAUAGUCGCUUGAGUGAUUUAUGCGUUCGGUAGGGUGUAUUACGCAUGCAUUUGGUUGCAUCUAAUUUCUGAGUGUCCCUCAACCAAUUACCGCUGUGUCCUUGUUUGUAAUUUAAUUUAGAUAGAUGUACAUAAGUAGAGAGUGUCGAUGAUAAUGCUGCCACCAUCCUACCCCACCUGCCAAUUAAACGCGCGUAUUCCCAUUUAGAAAGAGCGCACCGUAUCUUAUUUUUGUAAAAAAUAAUCGAAUUAAGCUGAAUUGAACGGAAUUCGUUUCGCUUUAGAUUGAAAUGCUUAAUCUUAAACGGAAUUCCUAUCAAUUCACUCAAGUUGGCUCAUUUCUCGCGCGGAUAGCUCAUCUCGUGUUGUUUUGAUUUCGCUUGCAUCCAGAAAGGAGCGUAUUCUCUGCAGCCGCGCAUCCUGCGGGAUUCAAGAACGUAAGACUGAACUCGGCCGAGAUCGCCGAAUUUACGCUUUAAGUAGCAGCACUUGACGACGGACGAACUAUCGCGCAACAAGAUCAUCCGUUUCGAAAACGUACAAUAGUCGUAAUUAAUUAUUACGCAAAAAACAUUAUUGCCAUGUCCAAUACUACCCGUUUUAAAAAUGAAAAAAAUUAUAGGCGCCAUUAGCAAAUAUCAAUAUUACACAUAUACUUUUUUCUUAUACACUUAUUAAUUAAUUAAAUUAAAUGGGCGAGCAAUUUUGGCGUAGAAAAAAUUCCUUUUACAGGACGAGAAAUCGGGACAUGAAAUCGGAUUGAAAAAAAUCAAAAAACAAGAAGCGCGAACUUUUUAUUUGUUUUUGUCGGAAAGACGUUAAAGAUUUUAUAUAUAAAUAAAAUAUUGUACUUGUGUGUGUUUCCGACACACGACCAACAUGCAGAUAUAUAAUAUGUAUAAUAUACACGUUAUGCGCUUUAAUGUGUACCAUACACAAUCUCUAUUGGAUUGUUCCAAAGUUUAUUGCGUAUCGAGAUCAUCAAACCAUUUCGAAAAUAUAUAACAGUUGUAAGAAAAUAGUUAUAAUUAAUUAAUACGUGAAACUCAUUACAUGCCAUAUUCAAUACUGCCCUCUUUAAAAAAAGAAAAAGUUGUAAGCGCGAGUAGCAAAUAUCAUUACUACAAACGCAUUUUUCUUUCCAUCUGAUCGUUGACAUCGUGUACUUGAAAUGCUAAACAUUGUAAAAGAACCGUCGGAAAUCACAUUGAAGAAUGUUUGUAUGAUAGAUAUUAAUUAGUCGAAACUAUGCUCAUUACGAUUUAACGACGAUAUAUUACUAUCUCAUUAAAUAUAUUAAAUAAGUGCAUAUGUACAUAUACAUAUACAUAUAUCCGUUUAGAUCACGAUCCUGACGUACGAAUCGUCGUCCAAUAAAUGAAAGUUUGAUGCUAACAGCGAUGUAAUCGCUCACUCUCACGUUUGCGACAUAUAUAUAUACAGUGUGCUUCUACAUCGCUGUUGCAGAGUAGUUUAAACAGCUGACAGCCAGUGAUUUGAUUCGCAUUUGUAUAGUAGUCGUAUCGCGAAUAAUUUAUCCAUUCGAGAUAAAUUCUCGAUAAACGGGGAACCAAACUGUACAGAUCGUUUCAGAGUGCGUCGACCAACGAGUGAGCAUGUCAGAGUUGCAUUUUGUAUGUACCCUGCACACCUUACGAGAUUAUAUGUACAGAAAAACCAUCCACUGAUUAUUUUCAUCCCUAUCUCAAAUGCGACGCACCAUAUUGUUUGCCGUUACCUGGAUCGUCUUGGUAAGAUUAGCUAUAGUGUAUCUCCUGAUUGUUACCAUCAUCAUUAAUUAAGCCUGAAGCGAGUACCACCGACUUUGUAAUCGGAUUAAUGAUGUGAAAUACUUUAUUGUAUGGCGUAUAAAAAAGUAGUAGUUUCGAGGCGUUCUCUUUCGUGUAUAAAGUUGUCAUCAUUAAAAAGUGAUCAUAUAUAUGCAUAUGUA